ACGACAAUCUUCGCGACUCCGCGUCGGGGAAUUGGAGAUAUGUUAAUUUUUCUUUGCUCCUGAGUUUAAUACUUCAUACUCUACAAUCGUUACGCAAUAUCGAGUUAGUGUACUGCGAAAGUGCAUUUUUUCAUUCGACGAAUAAACACGGCUUGUUGCGUGAGGAAAAACUAUAUGUAUUGAUGUGUUUUAAUAUAUAUUUGCUUUUUUACUUUCGAUAAUCGAUCUGUCGAAUCGAUCCUCCAUUGUUUUCGCAGUUAUAAUAAUAUAUACACAUAUACUGUGUACUAUUGCUGUCUUCAAAAAUGAUCGACGCCACUUCUUCGUAUUUCACUCCCGUAUUGUUGCCGCUCUGAUUAAAUACCGAGCUUUGACUAUCAUGUCUGUUGAGUAAACAACAUCUUUGUUCAAUCCGUGUCGUACGUUAGUACCUGUGUUUAUAGAUUGGCAUAUAUUCCCUAUUCGUGAGAUUAUUGAAAAAUAUAAGAGGAAAAGUGGAGAGUCCGUUACGUGUAAGUUGACCGAUUCUAAUCUGUCAACGACGUCGUACUUUUUCGCGAUAACAUCCAAAUUUCUGAAUUCAUAAGAUCCUUAACACACGUCAGAAUUAUAUUUGUUUUACAAAAUGUCGAUGAGAGUAACCAAAUUAAACGGUGAUAUUUACGAAAUAAGAACUUCUAAGCCCUGUCAUUUGAGUGAUGUGUUGAGAAUCAUGCGUGAAAAUUUUUAUUACGAAGAAACUAUGUUUAAGAGUUUAUGCGCAAACGUAAAAAUAGACGACGAGAAAAAACAACGAAUCAACGCAUAUUUUGACGGAACUGUGAUCGCUGCUCUCGAAGCAUCGCCGUGUAUAAUAGCUGUGCACAAAAAAACUGGAAAAAUUGUGGGUGUUAAUAUUAUAACCGUGAGCGAAAAUCCAAAAAUUGGUAGUAAAAAGGAUGGUCUUGCUACGAUUUUUGCGGUUGAUGGAGCGCCACCCGUAGUCAAGAAAUACAUCGAAUAUUUGUCACGAAUAAACGAGCAGGUUGAUCUUUUCGAGGUGUUUCCGAAUGUUCAAACUAUGUGGGAAUUUUAUGCUGUGGCGAUUGACAAGGAUCAUCGAAAAUUGGGACUUGCUAGCGAUCUUAUGAACUUUGGGAUAAAUAUCGCGAAACAAUCUAACGUUUCUUUGGUUUUCGGUGUUUUCACCUCAAUUUAUUCGAGAAAAAGCGCCGAAAAAAUCGCAAUGAAAUCGUUCGUAGAAUUCGAUCUCACAAAAUACGUCGAACCAGAUGGUCGACCUGUAUUUAACAAUAUUCAAAACGAUAACAUCGUUACUGUUAUGGUUCUAGAAAUGUAGAGAAUUUAAUUCCCCCCCCCCCCCCCCCCUCCCACACACUCAUAUAUACAACAAUUAAUGGAAUAUAUAAGUGCUCUCUACUCUACAGUAUUUUCAUCUGCACUGUCAUUUAAAUGAAUAAAAAACAUCCGGAACGUA